AUGGCCGACGCCGAAAAGCCCUGGGGUCGACGCCUCAUCGUCUGCUGCGACGGAACCUGGCAGUCUAGUGUCAGCGACAAGGAAAACGUACCUUCGAACGUCACCAAGCUCUGCCGUGUCUUAGCUCGUACAGGCAAAGACGACAAGAACAGAAACUGGCACCAGGUCGUCUACUAUGAUGGCGGGAUAGGAACCGGCAAUCUCAGUGGCACAGAGGCAGUCCGUCAGGGUGGAACAGGCGCUGGCCUAGCAGAGAAUGUCAUUGAGGCGUACAACUUCAUCGUCCUGAACUAUCAACCGGGAGACGAGAUCUUCUGCUUCGGUUUCUCACGUGGCGCGUACACCGCGCGAGCGGUCGCGGGUUUGGUUGCGGAUAUCGGUGUCCUUCAACCGCUCGAGAUGCAGUUCUUUCCCCAAGUGUAUCGUGCUUACAUGGGUAUGAACAGCAACGACGGGACAAGCUUUGCCAAGAGCGAUGCCUGGAAGAUACUCACCGGCCAGAAGGCAGACGAAUUCGGCAAGACGAUCGCCUUGAUCAAGAAACCGGUGGAUAUGGAGGACGAUAAAACCAGAGAAAUCAAGGUCAUCGGUGUCUGGGACACGGUCGGUAGCUUGGGUGUACCAAACGUGGGUGGAAUCGACCAUGGACGGCUUCGCAAGAAGUUCGGGUUUCACAAUGUCAAACUAUCAAGCCGUAUCAAACAUGCAUACCAUGCCUUGGCUCUGGAUGAGCGCCGGGAAGCUUUCCGCCCGACCCUUUGGUACAUCGACACAAACAGCUAUCUAAAAGGAGGUCAGAACGAGAAGAAGGAAAAGCCCGAAUUAAAGCAGGUUUGGUUUCCGGGAGUUCACAUUAAUUGCGGAGGUGGUUCCGAUGAUGGCUUCCUCGAGAUGAAAGGCGACAUGGAGAAUAUCUCUGUUGCGACAUUGACGUGGAUGCUUCAAUGCAUCGCACCUCAUCUCGACGUCGACAGAACAGCUUUUCAAGAAUACUUGAAUCAGUACGAAGCUUGGCUCACAGAUGUUCGCAAACACUGCACCUACCACCACAUAAAAGACGAAGGCUACAUAGAAUGGGCGUGGAACAAAGUACCGGAUGUCCCAUACAUCGGCCAUGAACCCAGUCCUCUUGACCCUCCAAAAAGGGCAAAGACGCCUCAUGAACACAAAGACUUCGACUUUGGUUGGGGAGUUGGUCCAAUUGUAGACAGCUUUACAAAGAUGUAUCAUCUCAACGGUACACGGCCACGACAACCAGGUCAUGAAGAGAUGGAGAUCAAUGGCGAGUGGGUGCCCAUCGCGGGUAUCAAGGGUAGCAAAGACCACCCUCCCACCGGUUACGAGACAAACGAGUACAUUCAUCCAUUGGUUCAGCAUCGCUUCGAAAUUCGGGACUGGCAGAAGUACAGUUGGCCGUUCAGAACCACACCCCCUCUGGAAGGCUGGGAGCGUUGGUACGAAGUCGGGCUUGAUAAACGCCAGCGCUACUGGUGGCAAAAAAACUCUGAUAAGCCGAACAAGGAGGGUCGUUUCGGGAAGAAACUACCUGAAUGGGCGAUUCUGCCUCAUCCAUCGACCACAGAGAAAAAUUUCGAGAGGAUGUGGUAUGAAGCUGCUCAGAGAAUGGGGCAUUCGCUCAGUCAAAUCCAUAAGAAGAGAGACGAGGGGAAGGAGGACUAUCUGCAAGCACUGGACAAAAAUAUCGACUUCAAGCUUGGGGCGAAGGCACAGAAUGAGUGA